AUGGCAUCCCCACUAUGCUCAGACAACAGCGACAGAGUGUUUGGCCCAAGAAUCAAUACAUCUUGUCGCGCCCUUGAUUUUACUCUGCUGUUUGAAGAUAUCUUCUUCGCCUGUCUUCCCGCUGCCGUCUUCCUAUCGCUCUUACCAACACAUAUUGCGGUUUUGAGACGUUCGCCAGUCGUUUGCUCAGUGCGGACCAAGUUACUCGUAGCAAAGCUGACAACUCUGGUUUGCAUUUUUACAACGCAGGUUUCAUUUCUUGCUUUGAGAACUCAGAAUAAUGUGGUCCAAACAAGAGCAUCAGUAGCUGCUGAUGUUUUAUCGAUAAUCGCAACUGCUGGUGUAGCAUGGCUUUCUUACAUCGAUCAUCAACGCUCACUUCGGCCUUCGACCCUCCUUAGCUUGUACCUAUCCGUCGUAAUUAUCCUCAAUAUUGCGCGCGUUCGGACAUUGUGGCUCGUGGGAAUCAUUCCUGCAGAGGCAGCCAAUUUGACUCUAACGUUUGCUUUGACCAUGGCAACUUUCUUGUUGGAGUCGACGGAGAAGAAGUCGACCAUCAUCACGGAGGAAAGACGAUAUGGCGCGCCCGAGGAGUACAGCGGAUUUUGGACGCGGACCGCUUUUGCUUGGCUCGCAGCCACGUUCCGGGCUGGGUAUUCCAAGGUCAUUGUCCAGGAAGACUUGCCAAAAAUCGACACUCGGCUCCAGGGUCAUAUUUUACAUGAGAAACUGGUUUCUACUUAUGCAAAAUGCAAGUAUAAUUUGCAUAGUCUUUUGAAAGCAUGUUUCCGCGAAAACCUGACAUCCUUUCUGUCUGGCAUACCGCCUCGGCUAUGCAAGUCUGUGUUCUUUUUCGCACAACCUAUGUUGAUCAAUGUCACUGUCUCUUACGUUGGAGAGGCCUCACCAGAUCCUAGCUACGGUCAUGCCUUGAUAGGAGCAUGGGCCCUAGUGUUCCUCGGCAUCGCGUGCACCACAGGAUUGUCCUCUUAUCAGACGACUCGCUUCAUCACAAGGGUUAAAGGAGGUCUUAUUGGACUAAUCUACCAGGAGACAAUGAAAGCAAGGACGGUUGACCUUGGUCCCAACACUGCUGUUGCCUUGAUGGGGACUGAUGUUGAGCGCAUUGGCCAGAACCUCCAAUCCAUCCACGAAAUGUGGGCUUCCAUCAUUGAGGUCGGGGUAGCGACUUGGCUUUUGGAGCAGCAAAUCUUCUUGGCCUGCCUCGCACCCGUUGCGGUCAUCAUCAUCAUUGUAGCCAUCACCGGGCCAUUGUCAACCGCUGCCAAAACAGCACAGAGAAACUGGAUUGAGAAGGUGCAAGAGCGCCUUCGCAUAACCUCUGCGAUGCUGGACGAUAUGAAAGCAGUCAAGAUGCUGGGACUCUCAAGUGUCAUGACUGACAUUGUUCAAGGUCUGCGAAAAAGUGAGAUUGAGAAAUCGGAAGUCUAUCGCAAACUUAUGAGCUGGAAUGUUGGUUUAUCAAAUUGUGUGGCAAACUUGGCCCCUUUGGUUACGUUUGCUGUCUACGUGAUCAUAUCACUGUACUGGAAGAGCGGAUCACUGUUCACUGCGCAAGCCUUUACAUCUAUCGCUCUCAUCAACUUGCUCACCACGCCAGUACUCAUGUUGAUCCAGCUUAUGCCCUCGCUUUUACAAUGUAUUAGCUUCUUUGAUCGCAUACAGGAAUACUGCAAUUACGCAGAUGAUUCAAGCGUGGACACAAGUUCAAGCCAGCUGACCAAAAGGACUGGAUCCGCCAUCAGCCUUCAAUUCCUCACUGGCACAACAACCAAUAAGCCCGUCGAUUCAACUAAGCAUGCCAUAGAACUGCAGAACAAUAACUUUUCCUGGGAAAAGUCCAAAUCAUACUUUUUGAAGGACAUCAAUCUCAAAGUGCUACCAGGCACGAUCACCGUUUGUGUCGGCGUGGUUGGCAGCGGCAAGACCAUGUUGCUAGAGAGCAUCCUAGGUGAAACAAUAUCGAGCCUUGGAAGGACAUCCAAUCGCAGUGCUACUUCCAUUGCCUACUGCGCGCAACAGCCAUGGCUAGAGAAUACAAGCAUUCGCAACAACAUUAUUGGUGUGUCGCACUUUGACGCAGCAUGGUACAAGACUGUGCAAUCGGCCUGUGCUCUAGACUCGGACCUACAGAGCUUGGAGAAGGGAGACAAGACUGUUGUCGGAAGCAAGGGACUCAAUCUCAGUGGUGGACAAAAGCAGAGAAUUGCUCUUGCGCGUGCCGUAUACUCGCGAAAAGAAAUCAUCAUUCUCGACGACGUCUUUAGUGGCAUGGACGCUCAUACCGUUGAUCAUGUCUCGCGCCGUCUCCUGGGCCCGUCUGGUCUAUUCCGCAGCCGUGGUAUCACCGUCAUUCUCGCCACGCACAGCCAUAAGCUAAUGAGUCUCGCGGAUACCAUUGUCGCCCUCGAGGACGGUAGAAUCGUCGAGAUGGGCAGCCCCCAGGCGCUCCAGUCCCAGAAAGGAUACGUUGCCAGCCUGAGCCUCGACGUUCCAGCCCAGGAGUCGACGAGUGUCAAAGAAUCUCACGAUUCACAGAUCAGCCGGGUCAGUAGCACUGUUGCCGAGUCCUUCAUCUCAGCCGCCGACGCCAUCGAGGUCGAAAACAAGGAUUCUCUCGAUGCCCGACGCAAGAAUGGGGAUUGGUCCGUGUACAGCUACUAUUUCAGCAGUUCUGGAUACUUCAUCAUUGUUUGCCUCCUCACCAGCAUGGCCGCGUGGGUCUUUUGUACUGAAUUUGGAACGGUUUGGCUUGACUGGUGGUCGGGCGCAAACGAGGGAGAACCCAACAAGAAUGUCGGCAUGUACAUGGGAGUCUACACGGCCCUCUGUCUGUUGGGCGUCGCAAUGAUUGGCGUCGCCUGCAAGUUUGCCUUUGUCGAUAUCAUCUCCAUGUCUGCCUUCCGUCUGCAUUCCAAUCUACUCACCACUACUAUGAGGGCACCCUUGCGAUUCUUUACCACAACGGAUACGGGCACGUUGACAAAUAGGUUCAGCCAGGACAUGGAACUAAUUGAUAUGAAUCUACCCAUAAUAAUGGUCAAUUAUAUUUCAACGGCUUUUGCUUCCACGGCCAAGGCCAUCAUCUUGGUUGUCUUCUCUCGGUACCUAGCAGCAACGGUGCCCUUUGUCCUGGUCGCAUUGUACUGCUUGCAGUCAUUCUAUCUGCAAACCUCGCGACAGGUCCGUCUCCUCGAGAUCGAGGCCAAGGCCCCGUUGUACACGCACUUUAUCGAGUCCGUCGCGGGCGCGGCCACCAUCCGCGCCUUUGGCUGGCAGUCGAUCUACCAGGAGCGCAACUACAAGCUAAUUGACCAGUCGCAGCGGCCAGCCUAUCUACAGUUUUGUAUUCAGCACUGGCUGAGCUUUGUUCUGGAUAUGCUGGUGACUGCGCUGGCCGUCAUCCUAGUUGCUAUCAUCGUGACCUGGAAAGACAAGUUCACGGCAGGUAACGUCGGUGUGUCGCUCGUCAUGGUCAUGACGUUCAGCACCGUGCUUAUGCGGCUCAUCAAAAUGUGGACCAUGAUGGAGUCCAGUAUUGGAGCCGUGGCCCGUGUCAAGCGGUUCGCUGAAGAGACCGAGUCGGAAGAGAGGGACGGCCCAGUGGCUGACGUGGCUUCUGAUUGGCCGAGACAAGGUGCCAUCGAGUUCCGGAGCCUGGUAGCUGCCCAUGGACCUGAUUCGGAACCCGUGAUCAAGGGACUUUCCAUGGCUGUCAAGCAAGCAGAGCAUAUUGCCAUCUGCGGACGUUCUGGCAGUGGUAAGACAUCGCUCAUUCUAGCGCUACUCCAGAUGCUUGAGUCGCAAGAGGGACGUAUACUGGUCGACGGUGUCGACGUGUCCACAGUCUCAUUGACUGAUGUACGCUCUCAUCUGAAUGUGGUACCACAAGACCCUUUCUUGUUGCCGGGGACCAUUCGCUUCAACAUUGAUCCCUUUGGCAAGGUUUCCGAUGAAGAUAUCACGCGGGCAUUGGAGCGUGUGCAUCUUUGGCCGAUCGUGGCCGAGCAAGGCGGUCUGGGCGCCGAGUUGGACGUGGCCGCAUGGUCGGCAGGACAAAAACAGCUAUUGUGCCUGGCUCGGGCCAUGGUCAGAAACAGCAAGGUGUUGAUCCUCGACGAGGCUACCAGCAGUGUUGACAGCGAAACCGAGGCCAUUAUGCAAGAUAUUAUCGACACGGUAUUCAGAGAUUGCACCGUUCUUGCCGUUAUGCACCGCCUGACGCACAUAGGCCGCUACGACAAGGUCGCUUUGCUCGACAGUGGUCACUUGAUGGAGUUUGAUUCCCCAGCUAGUCUUUUGAGUCAAGACUCGCAUUUUGCCAGUCUUCACCGAUCCAGUGCGACUCGACCGUGA